CAAACCGUUACAACUACCACCAAAUUUUGUGACGGAGAUUACAAUACAAAAAAAAACAUCCAAAGCUGAGCUUCCUCCAUUAGAAACACUUUCUCUAUAUUGGAUUCUUUCUCAAUUUUAUUAAAAAUGAUUCAUCAAUCGAUUUCAAAACCCUCAAUUCCGUCAAUUUCAUUCUUACAACCAAAACCGAAACCAUCAAAUUCAAUUUCAUGGAAAAAAAUCAUUAGAUCUGAAGCUGUAAAUUCAUCACCAUCAGAAUUGAAAACCGUAAGUCAAUCAAGUAAUUCUGAGUUAUUUGAGUCUAAGAAUAAGAAUGGAGGUUCAUAUCCAGGUGGUAUGGGUGCUUAUACUGGUAGAGAUCCAAAUGUGAAAAAACCUGAAUGGCUUAGACAAAAAGCACCCCAGGGUGAAAGAUUUCAACAAGUUAAAGAUUCUUUAUCAAGAUUGAAACUAAAUACUGUUUGUGAAGAAGCUCAAUGCCCUAAUAUUGGAGAGUGUUGGAAUGGGGGAGGAGAUGGUAUUUCAACUGCAACAAUCAUGGUUUUAGGAGAUACUUGUACUCGUGGCUGUAGAUUUUGUGCUGUGAAAACUAGCAGAAAUCCAGCUCCACCUGAUCCAAUGGAACCCGAGAAUACUGCUAAGGCUAUUGCAAGCUGGGGUGUGGAUUACAUUGUGCUGACAAGUGUUGAUCGAGAUGAUCUACCCGAUGGUGGAAGUGGUCAUUUUGCUCAAACAGUCAAAGCUAUGAAGAAACUCAAGCCUGAAAUUAUGGUAGAAUGUUUAACUUCUGAUUUCCGGGGAGAUUUGGAAGCUGUGACGAUGUUGGUACACUCAGGGUUAGAUGUCUUUGCUCACAAUAUUGAGACUGUUAAACGGCUUCAACGAAUUGUCAGAGACCCUCGGGCCGGGUAUGACCAAAGCUUAUCUGUACUCAAACAAGCAAAGCUGUGCAAAGAAGGGAUGGUGACCAAAUCUUCUAUAAUGCUUGGCUUGGGUGAAUCUGACGAGGAGUUGAAGGAAACAAUGACCGAUUUAAGGGCUAUUGGUGUUGAUAUUUUGACACUUGGACAAUAUCUACAGCCAACUCCAUUACACUUGACUGUCAAAGAGUAUGUUACUCCAGAAAAGUUCGCCUUCUGGAAGGAAUUUGGAGAAUCAAUUGGUUUCCGUUAUGUUGCCAGUGGACCCUUGGUUCGAUCUUCAUAUAGAGCAGGCGAGCUAUUCGUUAAGAAUAUAGUGAGAGAAAGUGUCAGAAAUGUUUCUACUGUAACCUAAAGCUUCCACCUUGAAGACUGCAUACUUUUCGUGACAAUUUUUCACCAGAAGCAGCUCGAACUAGAGGUUCUGAUUUUGGAGCAGGCAAACGUCAACCGUUUAAAAGCAGGGAGUACAUAUGCAAAAGUCAGCUUCUUAGAUAAUUUCUGGCCUUGUUCUGAAUCUUCAGCCUUUUCCCGUUCAGAGGCAGAAGAUCAAGUCUCAUUCUUCAUUGUGAUUCAAUUUUAUGUGAUAAUCAUUUGUGUUGUAAUACAAUAAUGAUCAAGUAGAAGCUCCUUUUAGUUAUGACUUUUAUGAGUAUAAUUAUUGCACCCAAGAACUUGGCAUUUCA